AUGGUCUCCUUCCUUCAUCUUGUGCGCUUCGAGUGUUCUGAGGAUGGCACAGCCUACUACGCAGACCUGGGACCCAAUGCCGAUGGUCCGCCAAUUCGAGGAACGCAGCUAGGUGCAUUCAAGACUUUUCAAGACCUUGCAAACAAAAGUGGCGAAAAAGAAGUGACUGUCUCUCGCUUGCUGGCGCCACUUCCUCAGGACAAUAUACCGAUAUACUGUGUAGGCCUGAACUACAGAAGCCAUGCAAAAGAGGCCCAGCUUACGAUCCCAUCGUACCCCCCUCUUUGGACAAAGCCGGCAGCAUCCCUUGCGCACCCGAAUGAAGAUAUCCCCGUCAAUGAUUUCUGUGCUAAAAGCCUCCUAGACUAUGAGGGUGAGCUGGUAUUUGUGACCUCCGCCGAGUGUCGCGACAUAUCGCCCAAAGAAGCAGAGGACCACAUUCUAGGCUACACAGUGGGAAAUGAUCUAUCCUGUCGUAUCUUCCAGCUUCCUCAGAAUUCCGGAGGACAAUUCUUUUUCGCCAAGGCAUUCGACCGUUUUGCCCCAAUUGGACCCACUCUGAUUAGCCCAAAGCUGUUCAAGAGCGGUGAUUUCAAUCUUGUCACCAAAGUCAAUGGGGAGGUGCGACAGAAAGCCGAUUUCCAGAAGGAUAUGAUUUUCUCCCCAGGGAGAAUACUCAGUCAUAUGAGCCAAGGCACUACUAUCCCAGCCGGAACGGCAGUGAUGACAGGCACUCCGCAGGGAGUGGGUGCUUUUCUUACGCCGAAAUCAUUUCUGCAGGAUGGCGAUGUUGUCGAGAUUGAGAUGGGAAAGGUCGGAACCUUGAGGAACAAGAUUUAUUUUGAGUAA